CGCUUGGAAAAGGGGUAGAUGCAUUAUUGGAAGUCAACCGGUACCUCGUGGUGCAAUGGUUCCACGCAGACAAUGCUCAAGUCGGCAAUCUUUAAGAUGUCAUUGUCUUUGACAAUAACAAUCAACCUCUUCGGAUGUCCUUUCAUCCUUUGUAGUAUCCGCACAAAGAACUCUCCAGCAACACUCAACUCCCGUUCUAUUCUCGUUGUUGCUACAAUCCACGAACUCACAACAAUGGAUCGAACCUCAAUAUUCCACCAUAUACACCAACAUGUCAGAACUCGACGACGACGAAGGCUGGCUAACCAGCGAUACAAACUGGAAAACCCGCCUCCAAUCCGGCUUCAAAGGCCAACGCAUCCUCGGCGUCGGAAGCUACGGCAUCGCCGGUCUCUGGUCCUACGAAGGGCCACCCGAAACCGCGCCCGCUAUCCAACACGUCGUCGCGAAAGAGUGCGAGAUUGCCAAGUUUGACAAGAGGGAAGAUGUUUUUGUGGAAGGCAGGAUUUUAUCCAUGUUGGAAAAGGUGCAGUCAAGGCAUAUUUUGAGGAUGUAUGGGCCUGUUAUGAAUGAUGAGAACUUGGGAGAGGAGGUCGUGAGGCUGUUUUUGGAGUAUUGUCCUGAUGGGGAUUUGGGGAGGUUGUUGAAUCCUAAACCUACCGGUAGGAAGAAUGAGAUUGUUAAACCGCCAAGAACGCCGAUUCUUGAGGUCGAUCUUUGGGCUAUGUUUUACUGUCUCGCUCUUGGUUUAGCGGUUAUGGGUCGUGGGACUGAAGACGAUACUGCUCCGGAUUUUGGGACGGCGAUAGAGGAGCCUAGGAUGGACCAACAGACAGACCAGACAGGUAUCGGGAAGCUUUUUGCUGGAGAAUCAUUUUAUCGUCCACCUGAAGCAGACCCGGAGAUCAAAAGACAAUUAGAAAACCCACGCAAGGGGACAACGUCAAAUAUCUUUCAGACAACGAAAGACUUUAGGACGCCAUUGGUGCAAGUAAUAAAGGUCGGUCAAAAAGCACCGCCGGUGGGUAUACAGGAGACAUGGAGUAAGAGUCAAGGAUCAGAUCUAGAGGAUAUCGACCCUAGUAUAUACUCCAAAGGCUUGAUUGACCUGGUCGUGAUAUGUCUGAUGCGAGAGCCCUUGCAAAGACCAAACGCAUUGGAUCUUCAGAGAAUGGUCAGAAUGGGCUUAGACACGGCUAAAGCAGUUACGGAGACUCAGAAUCUGCUUGAAUAUACGGGGAUGGUGGACAUUCCUAUGGUCCAGAUCCUCUGGCCCCAGCCCCCGGAGUUUGUUAUGCAGCCCUUGGAGCCCUUGAAGGGCAAGCGAAAACUAGCUGGAGGAUCAGGUGCUUCGCCGCGACCGAGGAAAAGAAAUGCGGGGUCUCAAAUACCAUUUUGA